ACACAAUAUCGUUAUAGACGCUAUGAAAUAAAUAUGGGCGUUUCAUUAACAUGGAAGGAUGUGAAGAGGAGAGCUUCAAUUCGCGCUAUAUCGCAACUCUCCAAAGUCCACGCCAUAGUGGUACUUGCGAUUACACUGUGUAAACUGUUUUUCGCAUAUGCAGCCAGGAUUCUAACAAAAAGUGGAUAUACAGAUGAUCCGUUUAAAGCAAUAUACUGUCCUUGCGCAACUGCUCUCGCCACUUAUGUUGCCUUGGUAUUCUUAUUAACAUCGCGUCAAGUGACAUUUAGAGGAUCGGGUCACUCUGAUAUCCAAUAUAUUCUUUGGGGAUUCAUUAAUAUAAUUGCUACGACGUCAGCCAUUACGAUAUUCGCAAAUGCGAUAUGCAGGAUAUAUAUUACUAAUUUGCAAAUAUUGUUUGUAAUAUGCGCAGCGGUACUAUAUCAGUUAAGAGUCCGAAGACAACGACUCGAUGUUAUGCGCUCAUUGGAUAGAGAGCAUAUAACAGCACCGCAUAUGCAAACGGUGAUCGCAUUGUCGGUGUUCCAUGUUGUUGUAUCAAUCGGUUUCACUAUCUUUAUCGCAUUACUUACAAGACUGUGUUAUAUGAUGUGGUGCUUAAUAAGGCCUUCAUCUGUGAUAACUUGGGACGCUGCAUUUGCUCUGAACAAAAUCUUGUCCUUUAUUCCUGGCAUAGAAGAUUACAAAAGCAAAUUAUUUGGUCUUGAAAGCGCUACAUUAAUAGUAGCCACGUUGUGGGUUAUAACCCUGAUAGAAGCGUACUACGAACUCAUCAAUUUGCAUCUGUCACAUAUGGACCAUGUUAUAGCAAAUAGCAUAGAGGCCUUCCCUACACAUGGAACACAGAAGUACGAAGAUGAACUGCUACUUGCACGUGCAUUUUUAAACUAUUCACUAGGAGUAAGUAUGACCCUGAACCCGGGAACUGGUCGUUUUGAGCCAACAGGGAAUGCCAUGCACGUAUCAUUUACUGAAGACCCUCGGAGAUGUCCUAUGGUACCCUUCAUUAAGAUUCCACAGGCAUCCACCUAUUCUGUAGAAGGAAAGCGGCAACGAUAUCAAGUUGACACGCUAAUUUAUCGCAUGUUAGUCGACACUAGAGGUCAAAUGUUCUCAUCGUAUGUUGAAGCCUUCAUUGAGAACGUCGUGGAGGCCGAGGCACACAUAAUAGCACUUACAAGCAAGAGAGAAAGCGUUGGCAAUUUAAGAAUCGAACUCAAUCCGGAGGCGAACACGUGUAAUGCCUGUGGAAAUUUAAUCGACAUCAUUCUCGGUGGUUUUCUGAGUUCAACACCGAAAAUACCAUAUAAGGCUAACAAGGCCAUUACUCUCGCCCUUAUAUACACUAGAGGGUUAUCAAACUGGCUAUGUAUCGCAAACAUGCUCGGCUACACCGAUACCACGAUUCAACAGGUCGCAAAAGAGUUUGUAGCACAAUGUGCUUCACUGUCUAAGGCAAUUUCAACGAUUCGCCGUUAUUCAAUGCCAAUUGAUUUCGCAAACACGCUUGAUGUAGUUGCAAAUGUGAUCAACAUUGCCCUAAAGCAAAUGAGUGUAUACGCCGACGCAAUGCUAUAUUCAACCUUCAACACCGAUUUUGAUACGUUCAGGCUCCUUGAAAAAAUUUACAAACCAAUGGUGCAAUCCACAUUUACGUAAUAAUAUUUUAACUACAAAAAAUAUUCUAACAGAAGACCAU